UGUUUGUCGUAUAACCAUUUUAUAUAUUCGGGGAUUUUUUUUUCUUUCUUUUCUUCUUUCCGUCUUCCCUAUAUUCACGACAAUUUGAUAUUGUCUAUUGUGUGUUAUUGGAUUGUUUAUGAGACCUUAUCGACUAGUUAACUAUCUACUUUUUUUUAAGUUACCAUUCUUUCAUACCAACCUCCCUACUUUCUCUAUCUACAUUACCCGCAUCAAUUGAAGUCUCGCUUUGUCCUUGCUCGUCUUCUGGCUGUGCGCUUUGCUCCACACUCGGCAUCCAACGUUGGCGAUCAGCCAUACAUAGUUGAUGUCAAAAGUUUAAUGGAAGCCGGCGCUUACGGAAAGCCGUAGUGUAUAUACGUACACUGACCCGGCACGGUCAUAACCUACCUGCUACCUAUGUAGGUAUAUAUACCCUGCAUUGCCAACGUUUUGGAGUGGUCCUGAGCGGUUCUUUCUCUACUCAACGCGCUAAUCUACCCAACCACCCCCACCUCUUCCGCGUCUUGACGACAUACCUAAGCUAAGUAUGUAGGACGAUGACUAGCAAUUUUGUCAGUUUAUUCCACCAUUGCCAUCCUGCUCAGCCACCUUUAUCCUUAACUUUUCGCAUCCCUAUGCCUCUACCGCGCCGAGCACCGCGAUGACCCGAAAUCCUUUGCGGACCACUGUGCCCGCUUGGGUGGAGUUGUACGAUGAGCACGUUCAUGGGCCGAGUAAGGGAAAACAUAUCAGUCCACCCCCACCAACUGUCCGCCCGGAACAGAACAGAUCAAACCACCAAUUAAAACGGAGGGUAUCGAAGGAUGGCUACGUUGAAUGGGUCGACGAAAGACACGACCAUGUAUCUAAACUCCCCGUGUUCUUGAGGAAACGAGCCGACAAGCCAGGGCGACGAUGGGAUCAUCUACGCACGGCAGAGCCGGUUAUUAUGGGACUUGGCUAUCGAGCACCUAAUGAAGACCCUUACGAAAGAUGGCGAGAUUUCAUCCACUCGUCUUCCUAUGGCCGGAAUCCUGAUGAUGAGUACGAGGUAGUACCCUACCAGGCACUCCAAGAGCUAAUGCCAGGCCUCGACCAACCCGUACGGAGUCCGUUUCAUCCAUUGGAUCCCAAGACCAAGAGAAUGUCUAGGAAGGAUACGUGGGGGAUGAAGAUCUCCAACUUUGUAUUGCGGCAUCCGAUAGCGCCGCUCAUAUUCCGUCUAAUCGUCUUGAUUACCACGAUCGCAGGUCUCGCUGUAGCAACAAAUAUUUUUGAAAGGGAGAAAAAUCCAGAAACUCCUGACGAUAACAUUUCAGAAACCUCGCAAGCGAUUGUAGCUAUAGUCAUUGACGCUUUGGCGAUUCCAUAUAUUUUAUAUAUGACUUGGGACGAAUAUACGGGGAAACCAUUAGGACUUAGAGCACCAGCUCAGAAGGUGUCGUUGACGCUUUUGGACCUCGUUUUUAUCGUGUUGAAAUCCGCUAGUACGGCGUUGGCUUUCGAGGCGUUGGUGUACCAUAGUGGGGACGGCCUGUCGACGGAUGCCGAAUGGGCGGCGACGGAGAGGGUGUCCUUGCAUUUGGCUAGGGGUCUUGCGGCGUUGACGCUGGUAGGGUUGAUCGCCUGGAUUCUGAAUUUCACUAUUAAUGUAUUCAGACUGGCAGAAAAGCUCGGCGGGAUGGAUAACAUAAACGAAAAAUGAGUUAGGUUAAUAGCUUAUAGGGAGAGGAAUAUACCCCAAUAUGAUAAUGUUGUAUAUAUAUCAUAUAAUUAUUAUAAUUAUCAUGAUGAUGAUUAUUGCUAUUAUAUACCUCUGACGGCUUUGAAAAGCAUUCGUGGAGCUUGAUGUGAUGGUGUGUGUGUGUAUUGGGUAAGUAUUUUCUGUAAUUCUGUAAUGCACUUCGUAUACCUCAGGAGAGGUAUGUAAAUUGUCUUGGACGAAUAAAAUACC